GGGUGCAAACCCUGAUCUCUCCCGGCACAGGACCAUGGGGCCCAGGCUCCUCCUGUGCGUGCCAGUGGCGAUGAGCCCGGGCGGGUGCAAGGAGCGAAGGCGCGUGGAAUUCCAGCUGCAAACAGCUGCAGCCGGCAGGCAGGGAUGCUGUGGGCGCCGGCGGGCAGGGGAGAGCCCUCCCCCUCGCUCGGUUUCAUUGAGGAAGGUGAAAUGCGGAAGUUUCUACGAAGCGCUGACAGCCGAGCCCGGGUGUCUUGAGCCCCGGACAUGAGCUGCGCUCCCCGGGCAGCCCCCCCCAGCCGCAGAGCCCAGGGGCGCGGGCAGGGAUGGCCACGUUGCCCGCGGCGGACAGGAGGGCGUUUGCCCUGAAAAUCAACAGGCAUUCAUCAGCAGAAAUAAGGAAGCAAUUUACCGGUACUGUAGUGCCAAGCUUUGGACAGUUCUGUAAACGAAGUAUAAGUACUCCUGGCUUUUCUUCUCUCCAGCUACCUCAGUUUUAUGACGCCGUGGAUCCAGUGGAUUUUGAAGGUUUCCUGAUGACACAGCUGAACCACUUAGACUCUGAUCUUGUGCAUGAACUUGGUGACUUUCCUGAAGAUGAUUUGGAAACUGUCUUUACUCCAAAAGAAUGCAGGACUUUGCAGCCAUCCUUGCCAGAGGAAGGAGUUGAAUUGGAUCCUCAUGUCCGGGAUUGCAUUCAGACAUAUAUUCGGGAGUGGCUGGUUGUUAAUCGAAAAAACCAAGGAAAUUCAGAUACUUCCAGCUUUAUAAGUAAGAGAUCCCUAACGGAUUUUCAUAAGACUCUUCAAAAACAAACAUUUCAGUCAGAAACACUGGACAACAAUGAUGCACACUAUCAGGCAAGCCUUGGACACUUAAGUGGACUCUGUGAUAUCUCAUCAAGAAGCACACUCACUUCAUCUGAGUUCGAUCUACGAAGCCUGCAGCCUGACCGUCGUCUCGAAAAUCUGCUAAAACAUGUUAGUGCAGAGGACUUUGAAAGGCAGAAUGAAGAAGCCCGGAGAACCAACAGACAUCCAGAGCUCUUUGCCCUCUAUCCAAGAGUGGACGAGGAAGAUGCUGUAGCUAUACGGCCAGUUCCAGACUGCCCAAAGGAACAUCUGGGAAAUAGGAUCUUGGUGAAGUUGCAGACUCUGAAGUUUGAUAUAGAAAUAGAACCAUUGUUUGCAUGCAUAGCUCUCUAUGAUAUAAAGGAAAGGAAAAAGAUCUCUGAAAAUUUUCAUUGUGACCUGAACUCAGAACAGUUCAAAGGAUUCUUGCGAUCUCACACACCCACUGUUGAGCUAUCUAGUCAAGCAAGAUCUGCAGUAUUUUCUGUUACUUAUCCUUCUUCUGAUAUCUACUUAGUAGUAAAGAUUGAAAAAGUCCUUCAGCAAGGAGAAAUUGGAGAGUGUGCAGAACCCUACACGGUACUAAAAGAAAGUGAGGGAGGAAAGGUUGUCACUCUGGGUGCAAGGUCAGUAAAUAAUGAUGUUCAUGGAAACCAGAGCAAAGAAAAAAUUGAAAAACUGAAAACCCAAGCUGAGUCCUUUUGCCAACGUUUGGGGAAAUACCGGAUGCCUUUUGCCUGGGUUCCCAUAAGCUUAGCCAAUUUCUUUAACAUUUCAACACUUGAAAGAGAAAUACCCGAGGCAGAAAAUGUAAAUGGGAAAAGCUCCAUUAGUGACAGAAAAACAAUGGUGCAACACACCAGAAAGCUUUCUGAGAGAAGCCUUACCUUAGAGGACAGUUGCACAGCAUCAAACUUCAAAACAACCACCAUGACAAUCAACACCUUUUUCAAACAGGAAGGAGAUCGACUUAGUGAUGAAGAUCUAUUCAAAUUUUUAGCUGAUUAUAAAAGAUCUUCCUCCUUGCAGAGAAGAGUUAAGUCUAUACCAGGACUGCUUAAAUUGGAGAUCUCUCCAGCUUCAGAAGUCCUCAACUGUUGUCUCACCCCUGAGUUACUGCCAGUGAAACCAUUUCCUGAAAACCGUAACCGUCCUCAGAAAGAGAUUCUGGAAUUCCCCAUUCGAGAAGUCUAUGUUCCCCACACCAUCUAUAGAAAUCUCCUAUAUGUUUAUCCACAGCGGUUGAAUUUUGCUAACCGAGUGGCCUCUGCAAGAAACAUUGCCAUUAAGAUUCAAUUCAUGUCUGGGGAAGAUCCUGCCUGUGCAAUGCCGAUCAUUUUAGGGAAGUCUUCAGGCCCAGAAUUUGUGCAAGAGAUAUGCACAGCUGUCACAUAUCAUAACAAGUCUCCUGACUUUUAUGAAGAAGUGAAAAUUAAACUGCCAGCUAAACUCACAGAAAAACACCACCUACUGUUCACAUUCUAUCAUAUCAGUUGUCAGCCAAAGCAAGGAUCCUCUGUGGAGAACCUUUUGGGAUACUCAUGGCUGCCAAUUCUGUUAAAUGAUCGUCUGCAAACUGGACACUAUUGUCUUCCUGUUGCCUUAGAUAAACUGCCUUUAAACUAUUCAAUGCACUCUCCAGAGAAAGUUCCACCACAGUCACCGCCAAUUAAAUGGGCUGAAGGACACAAGGGAGUGUUUAAUGUUGAAGUGCAGGCUGUUUCUUCUGUUCACACCCAGGACAACCACCUAGAGAAAUUCUUCACUCUGUGUCAUUCCCUGGAAAGCCAAGUCACCUUCCCAAUUCGAGUGAUGGAGCAGAAGAUCACAGAGGCUACACUGGAACAUGAGUUGAAACUCAGCAUUAUCUGCUUGAAUUCUUCUCGCCUUGAGCCCCUCAUCUUGUUUUUACACUUGAUCCUGGACAAACUCUUCCAGCUGGCUGUACAACCUAUGGUCAUAGCUGGCCAGGCAGCCAACUUCUCCCAGUUUGCCUUUGAGUCGGUGGUUGCAAUAGUAAGCAGUCUUCACAACAGUAAAGACCUUAGCAAGGAUCAGCAUGGGAGGAACUGUCUCCUGGCAUCCUAUGUCUACUAUGUGUUUCGUCUUCCAGAGCCUCAGAGAGAUGUAGUCAAACUAGGUACAGGAGGCAGUGCCAAUAUGCCAGAGUCUCGUUAUUACACAUUUGGACGCACCAGUGCUAUGUCUGUUGGGUCCAGGCUUAUGCAGAGCCGGGUAAUGAGCUGCAGCAAUCCAGAUAUUGCUGGUACCCCAACAGCUACUGAUGAAGAAGUCAAAAACAUCAUGUCUUCAAAGGUUGUGGAUCGCAACAGCAGUCGGAUGUCCUACUAUAUUGAACCGACUACUGAUAUACCAAAUACCUGCACAAGCCCAAGACCAUCCAGUAAAAAGCAUUUUCAUGAAGAGUUAGCACUGCAGAUGGUGGUCAGCACUGGCAUGGUGAGGGAGUCUGUCUUCAAGUAUGCCUGGUUCUUCUUUGAGCUCCUGGUAAAGAGUAUGGCUCAGUAUGUUCACAAUAUAGAGAAACAAGACAUUCCACGAAGAAGUAGAUUCUCAGAUCGUUUCAAAGAUGACAUCACCACUAUAGUUAAUGUGGUCACUUCAGAGAUUGCAGCACUUCUAGUUAAACCACAGAAGGAAACCGAGCAAGCAGAAAAGAUCAACAUUAGUCUUGCGUUUUUCUUGUAUGAUCUUCUUUCCCUAAUGGACCGUGGGUUCGUGUUUAACCUCAUCAAACAUUACUGUAAUCAGCUGUCAAACAAGUUGAAUACACUCUCCACCCUAAUUUCCAUGAGGUUGGAGUUUCUGCGAGUUCUCUGCAGCCAUGAACAUUACCUCAAUCUGAAUCUCUUCUUCAUGACUUCAGUAUCUACUCCAACAUCUCCCUCACCCUCAUUAUCAUCACAGAAUUCAAGCUCCUGCUCUAGUUUCCAGGAUCAGAAAAUUGCCAGCAUGUUUGACCUUUCAGCAGACUAUCGUCAACAGCACUUUCUGACUGGACUGCUCUUCACUGAAUUGGCAGCUGCCCUGGACACAGAGACAGAGGGAAUUGGUAAGGUGCAGAAGAAAGCUAUCAGUGCUAUCCAUAGCUUGCUGAGUUCCCAUGAUCUAGACCUGCGCUGCUCCAAAAAAGAGGUGAAGGUCAAAAUCGCUGCUCUUUACCUCCCUUUGGUUGGGAUCAUUUUGGAUGCACUCCCACAGCUCUAUGACUUCACAGUUUCAGAUGCCCGUGGUGGGAAAGGUCGUUCAGGGAAUCCAGAUGAAGAUCAAGAAUCUACAAUCAAUCAGUCUGUUGCCUUGGCCAUUGCUGGGAAUCAGUUCAACCUCCUCAGGACUUCUGGUGUAUCUCUGUCUUCAUUGCCUUACAAACAGUACAGCAUGCUGAGUCCUGAUGCCACUCGCAACCUUCUGAUCUGUUUCCUCUGGAUCAUGAAGAAUGCUGAUCAGAACCUCAUUCAGAAAUGGAUUACUGACCUUCCAUCCAUGCAGCUGAACAGGAUUUUAGAUCUCCUCUUCAUUUGUGUCUCAUGCUUUGAAUACAAGGGCAAACAAAGCUCAGAUAAAGUUAGCACUCAAGUGCUCCAGAAGUCGAAAGAUGCAAAAGCCCGGCUAGAAGAGGCUUUACUGAGAGGAGAAGGGGCCAGAGGUGAAAUGAUGAAACGCUGCAGGACACCAGCUGGGAAUGACAGAUUGGCAGGGCUAAAUGAAAACCUGCGAUGGAGAAAAGAGCAGACUCACUGGCGGCAGGCAAAUGAAAAGCAAGAUAAAACGAAAGCUGAGCUCGAUCAAGAAGCUCUGAUCAGUGGAAAUCUGGCUACAGAAGCUAAUUUGAUCAUCUUAGAUAUGCAAGAGAACAUCAUCCAGGCAAGUUCUGCUGUGGACUGUAGAGAGAACCUUUUGGGAGGAGUACUGAAGGUCCUGGUAAACUCUCUCGGCUGUGAUCAGAGCACCACUUACCUAACACAUUGCUUCGCUACACUCAGAGCACUCAUUGCCAAGUUUGGAGAUUUCCUGUUUGAAGAGGAAGUGGAACAAUGUGCUGACCUGUGCCAACGACUUCUACAUCACUGCAGCAGCAGCAUAGAGGUCACUCGUACUCAAGCCUGUGCAACACUUUACCUCUUGACGAGAUACAGUUUCAGCUCUGCUAAUAACUUUGCAAGAGUAAAGAUGCAAGUGACCAUGUCUCUGGCUUCUCUGGUUGGUAAGUCAUCUGACUUCAAUGAGGAAUAUCUGAGGAGAUCCUUACGAACCAUCCUGGCAUAUGCAGAGGAAGAUGCAGACAUGCAGUCAACUCUAUUUCCAGCCCAGGUAGAGGAGCUGCUAUGUAAUUUGAACAGCAUCUUAUCAGAUACAGUGAAAAUGAGGGAGUUCCAGGAAGACCCAGAAAUGCUCAUGGAUCUCAUGUACAGAAUUGCUAAAGGGUAUCAGACUUCCCCUGAUUUGAGAUUGACCUGGCUACAGAACAUGGCAGAAAAACACACCAAGAAGAAGUGCUACACAGAGGCUGCUAUGUGCUUGGUCCACGCUGCAGCUCUGGUUGCCGAAUACCUGAGCAUGCUGGAGGAUCGCAAGUACCUGCCAGUGGGUAGUGUCAGCUUUCAGAAUAUUUCCUCCAAUGUGCUGGAGGAGUCUGCCAUUUCAGAUGAUAUUUUGUCCCCCGAUGAAGAUGGGAUAUGCUCUGGGAGGUAUUUCUCAGAGAGUGGCUUAGUGGGACUAUUGGAACAAGCUGCAGAGCUCUUUAGCACGGGGGGAUUGUAUGAAACCGUGAAUGAGGUCUACAAAAUUGUCAUCCCCAUCUUGGAAGCGCAUCGAGACUUCAGGAAGCUCACCUCUACUCACAGCAAGCUGCAGAGAGCCUUUGACAGUAUUAUAAACAAGGGCCAAAAGCGAAUGUUUGGAACUUACUUCCGCGUUGGUUUCUAUGGAUCCAAAUUUGGGGACUUGGAUGAACUGGAAUUUGUUUAUAAGGAGCCUGCAAUUACCAAACUUCCUGAGAUUUCUCACAGACUGGAGGGAUUUUAUGGUCAGUGCUUUGGGGAGGAUGCAGUGGAAGUGAUUAAAGACUCCGCUCCUGUAGACAAAAGGAAGCUGGAUCCCAAUAAGGCCUACGUACAAAUCACAUUUGUGGAGCCCUAUUUUGAUGAGUAUGAGAUGAAAGACAGGAUAACCUACUUUGAGAAGAACUUCAACCUCCGGCGGUUCAUGUACACCACACCUUUCACCCCAGAUGGCCGCCCCCGCGGUGACCUGAGCGAGCAGUUCAAGAGGAAUACCAUCCUGACCACAAUGCAUGCUUUCCCCUACAUUAAAACGAGGAUCAAUGUCAUUCAAAAGGAAGAGUUUAUUUUAACCCCAAUUGAAGUUGCUAUUGAAGACAUGCAGAAGAAAACACUGGAACUAGCUGUUGCAACCAACCAGGAGCCACCAGAUGCUAAAAUGCUGCAGAUGGUGCUGCAGGGUUCUGUUGGAGCCACUGUCAAUCAGGGACCACUAGAGGUAGCUCAAGUGUUCCUGGCUGAAAUACCAGCUGACCCAAAACUUUAUCGACAUCACAACAAGCUGAGGUUGUGCUUCAAAGAAUUUAUAAGGAGAUGUGGUGAAGCAGUGGAGAAAAACAGACGCCUUAUUACAGCAGACCAGCGAGAGUACCAGCAAGAACUCAAAAAGAAUUAUAACAAACUGAAAGAGAACCUUAGGCCAAUGAUUGAGAGGAAAAUCCCAGAGCUGUAUAAACCUAUAGUGAAAGUCCACAGUACAACAAGGAACUCUUUUCAUAACUCUAGCUUUAGGAAAUAUGAAACUUCCCCUUCACAGAACAGCUAAGGACUGUCAGCUUCAGAAGAGGGAGUUCCAGGUUGCACAGAACCUGGAGGCUAUUCAACUGCUAUGCAAACCUGGAAGUUCUUCUCAUAGUACAGCAUGCACACGAUCUGGGCAGACUGCACUCAAAGCUAAGAAACUAGAUAUUCAGGAUAAAAAGGAACGCAACACACAGCACAUACCUCUGUCUCCUAUGGGAGUGGGAGGAAGAGGAGCUGGACUUCGGCUGUUUCUGUAUUUAAUGUUUCUGUAUUUAAGUGUUCAGGGAAUUGAGAUGCCAUUGAAUAAUGGACUUGUAUGUACAGAAGGUGAUAAUCACUUUUAAGAGACUCAGAACUUUUUAUCGUUUUAACUGUUAUUUUAUAAGAACCAGCCCAAUAUACCUGACAGAAACUGAAGAAUGUUACACAUACAUACCCCUAUUCAGGAUACCACUUCAGCAUGGUUUCAGGGGGAUGGAGUAUAUUCUAGCAGUUAUGCACAUGUUCAUAUAAAGAUAAACUUAAGCAUGUGCACAAGUGCUUUACAGAACUAGAACCCUAGGAAAGACCUGUAAAUUUAAAGCAAGCUUUCCUUGCUUGUGUUCCUCAUUCACAGCAAACUAUGAAAAUGCUAAAACAGGGGCUGCUUCCCUUUCGAGUCUUCCUAGCUGAAACUUUAAAAGGCAGAAAAUAACAAUCGGGAAUUUCUGCCUAAUUCACCUACCUACAGAAAUAACUAUUUAAAAUUUAUUUUUGUGAAAUGUACAUUAGACUUCUCUGUGAACCUAGGACUUGUUAUUUUUAGUGUCAUGUUUUUGCAAAAUUAACAGAUACGUGUUUAAAAGGAUAGAGCUAAAAUGAUUAAUGCUUUCUUAAGAGAACAGACCUUUCUGUAAAGAGAGAUCCCUCUAAAGAGAUUAGCCAUAGGAGUGUACUGGGAGGAUUUCCUAGGAUGUACUUUAUCUGAGUUUUUAAUGCAUAAUAACACUGUAAUCAGUUUCUGUAUAUUUAUAAAUACUUAAUGCUUUUCAUAUUCAUAUGCCUGAGGAAACCUUAACUAAUUUGGUCCUCACAACAUUUCUCUGAAGAAAGCAAGUACAGUAAAAGCUGUGUUAAACAGCAUUCUACUAGCUGGAAUAAUGUAUUAACUGGAAUUUCUGGCUGGCCGGACAUGGGGUGGGGGGAAGAAAGCUUGUGCAUGGUGGCUGCUGCCACCACCCACCACCCUGUGCUGCCACUGCUCUGCAUGCAGCCACUGCCAUCCCCACACCCCCCGCACUCCACAAGGGUUUUCAAAAAGGUUGAAAACCCCUGCCUCAGAUAACUGGAAUUUUUAGAUACCCAGCACCCCCAUUCACCACUCUAACACAGCUUUUACUGUAAUAGUGUUGCUAUUUUACAGCUGGGGAAACAGAGAGACAUGAAAGUUGCAGACAGAAGUGACAAUUUUCACCAUAUCUGGCCACAGAAAGCAGCUUAUAGCUGUGACCAAACACAAGUGCACAGCUGCAGACAGCUUCAAAAAUGACAGAUCGGGUGAAAAUCUAACCCCUCCUUGCAUGAAGUGUCAAAUAAGGACAUUUCAAAAUGUAGAGUCUUUUGUAACUUGUGUCUGCAGAGCUUUUAGCCUGUCACUGUUUUCAAAAUGACAGGGGGAAGGGAGCAGGAGUUCAGUUUGGGUUUUUUUAGCCCCCCUGGAGGAUGGAAUAGGCCCAUUGGAGCCCUCUGAGGUAGAGGGGCUCCAAUUCACCUAUCCCACCCUUCAGCACUGGCUGAGAAGCUCCAAGAACAAGCUCCUCCCACUGCCUUUCUCCCCUCCCAAACCUGGCUUCAAGCUCCCAGCCCCAGCUAAAUUCCCCCCCACCUUGGAACCAACAGUGAACUUUUGUUUGGUCUGGGGUAAUGUUAUAACCCAGAGCACUUUGCAGAAAUUUUUCUGAGUUACAGCUAGGAACUGCACAUCUGUCUGCACCUGAAAAGAAGUGACUUAUCCAAAGCCAUGUGGUAAGUCGGUGCCAGAAGCAUGAUUUUGAAUACAGGCUCCUCCUGUUAACAGCAGAGCACUCAAAAGUUGGAAGAGAGCUUCCACGGUUAUAUACAAAAGAUCCCCACACACAAUCAAAGAUCUGAGACAUACACUGGGAUAAGAAAAAUGGUUUAAAAAUGCUAUCUCUGUACCAAUGUGCAUAAAUGCAAACUGUUCUAGUAUAAGUAUUUUUUUUCUCUCUCUACUCACAGUCCCUGCUACAUUCAAUAUUCAAGAGUCAGAACUCUGGGCAUUUUGAAACAAAAGCAUCUGAAGUAAGCAAACAGUGUGUCAAAUUGAAAGCCAACAGAUGUCUCCUCAGAGUGGCUGUCCUUUAAUAAGGUUGCUUUGAAAAUACUUACAAACUAAACAGAGCAGUCAGUUUUCCACAGUCUAGUCUCUUCAGUCUUGGCGUGCCACAACAUUGUCCUUUAUUUAUUCUUUUAACACUUUGUUCUGAAAGAUGUUCACAGUGUCUUUGACCCCACUUGGCCAAAAUUCAGUUUCAUUGUCCUCAUGCUGCUUCAUUCACAGCUACCCAACAAAAACUUCAGGUAAACAAAAAAGUUACACAUUUGCUGCAUACUGGUUCAAUUAUAUGUGCUGUGUUUGCACUCUUGAAGUGUUUCAUGCUGUAUAGUACAAUUUGGUCUUGCUGUAGAAAUACUUUGAAUUAAUGCAGGCUAAACUGCAAAUCCCUUACUUGAUGUGGUGAGCAGGUAAUUCCCCAGGUAAACUCUUGGCUCACCUGUGUUAAGGAAGGGGUGCCGGUCUGGCCCUUGGUUUACACAUCAUCCCUUUCACAAAUAAAAGUGGUUUGUACAUUUCUUUUAAAAAGCCGAACUGUGUAAAAUGUAAAAUUAUUCAAAGUUUUGAUGCUCCAUUUUGCAAUAAAGUAAACGCUUCAAAUAAAAACUAAG